CAAGGAUAGAGCGUUUAAUUAAUAACCACCAUCCAUUCCUCCCUGACCUUAGCUGGUCACGUAUGCUUUAGUCGGAGCCCACAGACAAACUUGGUGCAUCAGCAAAUAUUAGCAAAUAUUGAUGUAUAACUCACAGGUUGAGCAUCCGAAACAAGGCUGAAUGGGAAUACACGUAUUCAACUAGUGGAAUCAUCAAGACAGGAGAAGUGUUUUAGUGGGAUUAUAUGGUCGUACCUGAAAGUUGGAGGGGUGUGGCCACGGGUGUGGGGACUUCACCAGUGUCUUCGGUGGAAGCCAGGUUUCUCGACGAGGCAAGGUAGCCAGGCUGAGAUUUUUUUUUUGUCCCCUCCUCCACGUUGGAAGCAUCCGACGGGAGGGGGCGACCGUUGGGAGGAGGCAAGAGAGUCCGCAGCUGCAGAAGGCGAGGCACGGCGCAAUCUCUCCACUCAUAACUACGGUAACAGACGCAAACUUCUGUGCGGCCCACCUUUGCUUGACAAGCUUCCUUCAUGAAUGAGUGGGUGGGCCCCGACAUCGAUGUGGUGGGACCACUGCAAAUCCCACACGCCGAUGAAUUCUCCAUCACGGAGAGCUCCCAUUUAUUCGAUAUUCUGGCUGAUCAGAGCAGUUCUCUGCUGCAGGACCCUGACAUGUUACCUUUCACCAGCUACCCGGGCAUGCAGUACUCAAACAUGGAGCCGACUGUGUCCACGACGCCAUACUACUGCAGUCAGAACUACUAUCCUCAGUACGGCGGAGAAGAAUGGUACUCUCACACUGGCCUAUAUGAACUAAGGAAAACCACACCGGAGGAGAGCUAUGACGGUGACAGGGAGGAGAUGUCCGCCGUCGUGCCUGCUGUGUGCAAGAGGACCCGGCACAUGACCCAGGCUGGACGGAUCAAAGGGGAGGAGCUAUGUGUCGUGUGCGGAGACAAGGCGUCUGGUUACCACUAUAAUGCUCUCACUUGUGAGGGAUGUAAAGGCUUCUUCAGACGGAGCAUAACAAAAAAUGCGGUGUACAAGUGCAAAAAUGGCGGAAACUGUGAGAUGGACAUGUAUAUGCGCAGGAAAUGCCAGGAAUGCCGACUAAGGAAAUGCAAGGAGAUGGGCAUGUUGGCAGAAUGCCUGCUUACAGAGAUCCAAUGUAAAUCCAAAAGGUUGCGGAAAAACAACAAGGCCUCGCCAGGACAGUCAACCGGAGACGAGACAGAGGGGGUAGACAACAAACAAGUCACGUCUACCACCAAACUGUCAAAGGAAAAACUUACUAAAGAGCAGCAGACCUUUGUGAAGGCUAUUGUAGAAGCUUACAACAGGCAUCAAAUUCCUCAAGAAGUGACCAAAAAACUGCUUCAAGACCAAUACAGCGCUGAGGAAAAUUUCCUCCUCUUAACAGAAAUGGCAACAAGUCAAGUCCAAGUACUGGUGGAGUUUACAAAAAAUAUCCCAGGCUUUCUGUCCCUGGAUCACGAAGAUCAGAUUGCUCUGCUGAAGGGUUCGGCAGUGGAAGCCAUGUUUCUACGCUCUGCUCAGGUUUUCUGCUGCAAGAUGCCAAGCGGGCACACCGAGGUUUUGGAGGCGAGGAUACGCAAGAGUGGUAUAUCAGAGGAGUUCAUCACACCGAUGUUCAACUUUUACAGAAGCAUCGGUGAGCUCCACAUGCUGCAGGAGGAGAAGGCUCUCCUCACCGCUAUAACCAUCCUGACAGCAGAUCGGCCUUACGUGAAGGAUCAACAGGCUGUGGAAAGACUGCAGGAGCCCAUGCUGGACGUGCUGAAGAAGCUGUGCGUCCUGCAGCAUCCGCAGGAGCCUCAGUAUUUUGCACGUCUUCUGGGCCGGCUGACCGAGCUGAGAACGCUCAAUCACUAUCAUGCAAAAAUGCUUACAUCCUGGAGGAUGAACGAUCACAAAUUCACACCGCUUCUCUGUGAGAUCUGGGAUGUGCAGUGACAAGAGAAGGAAAGGGGGAUGUACUGCAGCAUGGACAUUUGAACUUGAAAGAUGGUCACGGUCCACAGUGUAUAUAUGGUGUACAUCUGUUGAUAUACUGUACAUGUUUCAAAUAAACUCCUGCACAACCAGUUGGCUUGAUUGUCAGUUGUA